GACAUCGUCGUGACAGCUGAAUCAGUCUGAAAUGGAAUAUAUGAUCUUUUUGUCACUGGAUUACUCUCAUUAAAUAUAAAUUCCUAAGUUUAAAGUUUGUGAUGCUUUCACUUGAUUAUUGCAAGAAGAAUCUUAAGUAAUAUAGAAGAAAAAAUAAAAUUUAUCCUCAAUUAUGUAUAAAACGUUUAUUAAGUAUUUGCGAUUCAAACUCGAGCAAGACUGCUUCAGAGUAUAAACUACCAUUAUCAUUGGAAUAGAUAAUGAAUUCAGAAAAAAAUCGUUUGGAAACAUUCAGCGAUUGGCCUUCUAAUGCGCCUGUAAGUCCAAUUCGGAUUGCCAAGGCUGGGUUUUAUUCAACGAAAGAAGGUUUAACAGUACAAUGUUUUGCUUGUCAAGUAAGAAUAGUAGAAUGGAAUUAUGGUGAUCAAGUAAUGGCAAAGCACAAAAAUGUGAGUCCAACAUGCCCCUUUGUAUUGAAUCCAACUACCUCUGGAAAUGUUCCUAUCAUUAUGCAAAUAUCUUCAACUUCUUCUGUAUCAACUAAUUUGAAUUAUAAGGAUGAAGCGGUGAGACUAGCUUCAUUUAGAAACUGGCCAGUACCUCAUAUCGUGACACCAGAAUCUCUUGCUAAAGCUGGCUUCUUUUAUUAUGAUUGUGGAGAUAACACUAAGUGUGCGUACUGCAAUGGUAUAAUGACAUCUUGGUUGCCGGAAGAUGAUCCAGACAAGGAACAUAAAAGACAUUUUCCCACAUGUCCUUUUGUUAUUUCAACUAUAAGUCCAAGGCUUUUAGAACAAUUGCCUAGGGAUAACUCACUUUCAAAUGUAGACUUAGUUUCAAAUGAAAAUUUAGAUACCCUUGGUGUUAAUGCACAUAAAAUACCUAAGAAACCAAGCUGUGCAACUAUAGAAUCCCGUUUGAGAACAUUCAGCACUUGGCCUUCACAACUUAUUCAAACACCAGAAGAUUUGGCUCAGGCAGGGUUUUACUAUGAAGGGAUCAAUGAUCAAGUGAGAUGUUUUCAUUGUGAUGGUGGUUUGCGCCAUUGGGAUCCAGAGGAUGAUCCAUGGACUGAACAUGCCAGAUGGUUCCCUUUAUGUUCUUUUGUUAAAAUAGUAAAAGGUCAAGAUUUUAUAGUUUCUUGCUCCAAGGCUCAAAUGGAUGGUAGGGAUAAGAAAAAGCUACAGAGUUUGAAGCCGAAACCAACCAGGAAAUUCCCGGUGUCAGAAGCUGAUUUGGAACAACAUAUGAGCUCAUCGGUAGUAGUGAUGGCAUUAAAUAUUGGAUUGAGUAUUGAUCGAAUCAAAAGGGCUCUACGAGAAAAGUUAGAACAAACCGGAACAGCAUUUGGUGAACCUGAUUCGUUAGUGCUCGCCACAUUGAACUUACAAAUAGAUGAGCAGAGGUCAGAAGUGGAAUCAGAAUGUAUGGAUAAUUACAGUGAUUUCAUGUUUAAAUCGUAUUCAAACAAUAUUAGUCCUGAAAAUUCUUCACCUACAACUUCGGAAGAUGCUUCUGCCACCACCAUUUCCCCAAACACAUCGAAGAGAUUAUCUCUGGAAGAAGAGAAUAGAAUUCUCAAAGAACAAAGAUUAUGUAAGGUGUGCAUGGAUAACGAAGUAGGUGUUGUAUUUCUGCCAUGCGGCCAUUUUGCCACAUGCGUUAAUUGUGCUCCGAAUUUGCAAGAUUGCCCGGUAUGUCGAACUACAAUUAAAGCUACAGUCAGAACAUUCUUGGCGUAAUUUAGUAAACAAAAGUGAUGAUCUAUUUAUCUGUUGUCUAUUUCAGUGUAUGAUAAUAUAAAUAAUGUUUUUUAAAA